AGAAGAAGAAGAUGAUGAGAGGCCACUCGAUCAUUAGGUGGCUAGGAUAAAAUCACAACUGCAUGCAUGUACCGUUAGCCCCAUAAGCCGCCAUUUUGAGCUCGCGCUAAUCCAAACAUUCAAUCAUUUCUCCAUAAUUAAUUAAUUAAUCUUCAACCACUUUCUAAUUAUAUUAUUCUCUCUCUCUCUCUCUCUUUCUCUCACUCACUCUCUCUCAAUAUACAUAUAUAAAAGUAGAUAGAGUAGAAUCAGUGAAAAUAAGCGUUGUUGGUGGUGGUAGUGCAAUUGACAUUCUUCAAGUCAUGACCAUGAUGAUGACGUGUCUCCUCUUCCUCCUCGGACGGCUGCGGGACGACGGAUGGGAGCUUGGAGAGCAAGGCUUGGAGGCUGCUCAUCGAAGGAGCUAUCUUGUACGACCUACUAUUACUAUUCAUCAUCAUCAUCUGCUGGCCGUCCACGUAGAACGACUCAUCUGCCGGCGGCAGUGGAACUACCGGGCCGCCGCCGCCGCCGAAAUAAGCAGCUUCGUAAUGGUGAGGUAGCGGCGGAGGUGGCAGCAUCGGGUAAGCAGCAGAAGAAGAAGGGUGGGGCAGUAAUACUCCUGGAAUGCUCUCUAUGUAGCUCAGCUUCUUCCUCAGCGUUACCACGUAGCUCAAGUCCUCCACCACCUUCGGUCAACAAAUUGAGGAGUACCUUGUGGACAGCACCAAGUUGGACAACACCUUCUCGGACACCAAUCAGUGCUAUGGUCUACCAAACCAAAAGUCCAAAACCAAAAACCAAACACAAAUCAAAAAGAGAAGAAGAAAAAAAAAUGACAACUGAGAGCUAGCUAGCUAGUGAGAUCUAUCUAUUUAUCAAUCAGUUUUACCUUUAUACCAGACUGGAACUGGGCUUCCCAUGUU